GUAAGCGACACAUCUCAGGGUUGUUGUGUUUGUUUCGUGUAAACGAAAAAAAAAAGGACACCGCCUGCAGUUUACUGUGUACACAAACAAAGAUGCCAGAGAGGGGCGGAUACCAGCCGAGGAGUGAUGCGUACGCGGAUUACAAUAGCAGGGACAAGCGUUCGCCUCACAGCGCGGAGCACUUCGAAAAGCAUCACGGCAGAGGUCGCGAAGAAAAGCCUAGAGUCGUUGACGGGAGAGCCUCUGCUGGUGACAGCAGGCCCAGACAAAGGGACAUGACAAGUACCUCUCAGCCUGCUUUCAGAGACCACCACCAACAAGGACCCUCAAGACCGUAUGGAGAGUCUUCAGUGUCUUACUCUGCGGAUGAUUAUCACGAGCGGCAACCCAGAGAAGCUCUUUACAAUCUCCGAUACGUCCUCACCAGUCGAGGCCUUUGCCAGCUGAUGGAGGUGUUUGUUAAUCUUCUGAUCAUCAUCUGCGCCGGCGUGCCUCACAGCAACAAUGGCGGCUAUCGCGACCUGGCCAGCCUGGGCGGAAUCUACCACUACCACUUCGGGGGAGCCGGCGCCUUCCAAGGUGCAGAAGCGGAACGUGUGAAGGAACUGGACCAGUUGUUCCAUGAGCUCAAGAGGCCUCCGUACGCCUUCGCCAUGGCGUGCGCCGGGAUAGUCAUGAUCUACGCCCUGGCUAUGUUCGCCCUGGGUAUUUUCCGAGUGCCUUACCGCUACCCGCCCGUGCUGCUGGGAGAAGCUCUGGUCAACCUGCUGGUUGGCUUGGGCUACGUCGCCGCAUUGGCCUUCUUCUUCAUCAAAUUGCAGGAAAACUACAACAACUCCAUCUGCCAGGAGAGGGAGCGCAUGUACAAGAGCAAAGGUCACAAGGGCUUCGAGUGCCAGUUUCACGGCACAGACAUUGCCGGAGGCCUCUUCGGCGUGCUGGGCAUCUUUGUGUUCAUUUUCGGGGCUGUGUUGGCCGUCAGAGCUUUCCGCUCUGUGCGGGAGAUGAAGAAGCAAAAGACCAAUCAGGAUGACCGCUUUUGAGGAUGGUUGGAGCGAAAGAUAGACUGUUAAGGUAUCAACAUUAGAGUCACACUGCUUUCAUUGAAUCUGUGAACCUUUUAUACACUUUGAACUUCUGUCUAAAAUGUUUCCCCUGCUCUUCGAAGUAGAUAGGCCAAGCUCUGCCGCAAAAAACUGAGGUACUAUGUCACCCCCCCCCCCCCAACCAAUUGCUUUAGGAUAAUUUAGCAUUGCUGAAUCCGAAAAUGACAUCUGAUUCUCUUGAUCAGGUCAGGUUUUUAUGCCAAGUUGUUAACAGUUUAUUCAUCAAAUGUGACAAACCUCGCUUACUGUAAAUUACCUCCUCAACUCACGUCAACAUAGUCCCUUGGCACCAAGAUGCCAGACAAAAAUACUUUUAUAAGAAACAGAGCUUUGGCCUGAGCGCAGUAGCGAAUAUGCAGGGCAACACUGUUAUGUGUCAUUAUUAGUUUUGUCUUUUCUAUUUGCAUUUUCAUGUUGUUUACAUACUUGUGUAUUGUCUGUUUCUUCGUAUAUAGUAAACUACUAUGAACCUAUAGAUUUUAGAUUUUUUUUUUUUUUUUUUAGCUGAAUGUACAUAUCUUACCCAAUAUUAUUAUUACUAAUAAACCGCAGGCGUCUGUCGUUCUGGGUUUCACCAGCAGAUUGCAGUUGUACUGUAUUCAGCUUUUUAAUGUAAAUAUAGAACAUGUAACCUUUUUGUUUUUGUAAAGGGUUUAUUUUCUGCACAAUUUUCUAUAUGUGGACAACUUGAAAUGGACCCUUCUUCACGAAUGCCAGACAAUGUCCAAUCACAUUUAGGAGCGUAAUACAAAGGUCAAAAUAAUCGAAAGAAACUGACAACAAUAGGAUGUGGGUGGAAAAUGAUCAUUAAAUGUUUGGCAAACCAGACAAAAUAAAAAAAAUUAAAAAAGAUGCAGUACAAAGUUUUAUUGCUAAUUAGCAGCAUUUUAAAUUACAAAAAAAAAAUGACCUCUCAUAGCUCUCAUUUUCACUUAGUCUUGCUCCAAAACAAUCUUUAAUUAGUAAUCCUAAAAUGAACAAACAGCAGCAGCAAUUUGCAUGCUACAAUGCAAACCUAAAAUGGUUCGAUAUGCUCCAUUUUCUACAAAUAAAUGGUUUUGUUUAUAUAUAUAUAUAUAUAUAUAUAUAUAUAUGUAUAUUUCAUGUUGAUAUUGAGGGCAUGCUGUAAACAUUAACUACAGUUAUACAGUAUUUAGCAUCAUCCUGUAUUAGAAUGAGACCCCAUUCAAAAUUCCAUAGUGGAGAGUGCAAUAUUCACUUGCAUUGAAGUACAAAAAUAAAAAUGUGCUUCUUGGCGUCAAUAAAAAUAAUAUUCAGGCCUUUUCUCGAAAAUAAUGUACACAAAGGAACCCGGAGAUUGAGCGAUGGCUACUUUGAUCACAUGAUCAACAACCGCAGUGUUUUGGAUCGUUUCCAUUCACAAUAUUCACGACAACAUGCUUACACUUACUGCACUGUGUGCUGUAUGUGCUUCGUUUGACACACAAAACACAGACGCUUUGCCACAUAAAGACGUUAACGUGCGUUUCUAUUUUAAUGCAACACGGGCAUAAUACGAACACUACUGGACCCACUCCACUAAAGAAUUAGAGGUGAGUAUUGUCAGUAAUGCACUGUCCUGUGCUCCACUACCCUGUGCUCUCUCAUCCUGUAUCUACAUGUACACUUGGCAUACUAUACAAAUUUGUAGAACAUUAGGAUAGCGUGGAUGGAAAUGUGCAGACCAGGAGACGCACUUCAAAUAAAAUCAUGGACUGUAUAUGAAUAUGUAUUUAUUUUUACUAGCAGAUCUGUGCAACGCUGUCCAGGGUGAAUGA